AUGAUCAGCCGUCUCAAGGGCCAGCAUCCUGCAAGCGCGGCACCUUCAGAUAGCCAAGCGGCGACUGACGCUGUGACCGGAGGCGAUCCCGAGCCGUUUGAUCUGCUGAUUAUCGGCGGAGGUGCAACCGGCGCUGGAUGCGCACUGGACGCCGUUACUCGUGGACUCAGGGUCGCCCUUGUCGAGCGAGACGACUUUGCCUCAGGCACCUCAUCGCGCAGCACCAAGCUCGUUCAUGGCGGUGUGCGCUAUCUGGAGAAGGCUUUCCUGGAGAUGGACUAUGAGCAAUACAAGCUCGUCUCCGAGGCGCUGCAUGAGCGAGGAGUCUUCCUCAAGAUUGCCCCGUAUCUCGCCUACCAGUUGCCCAUUAUGCUCCCGAUCUACACGUGGUGGAAGAUCCCGUACUACUGGGCCGGGGCAAAGGCAUACGACGCUCUGGCCAAAGCCCGGGGCGACCACAUGCCAAUCUCGUAUUUCUUGAGCAAGAAGCGUGCGCUGGAGGUCUUCCCGAUGCUCAAGACAGACAGACUCAAGGGUGCGAUCGUCUACUACGACGGUGCCCACAACGACUCUCGCAUGAAUACGGCCGUCAUCCUCACCGCUGUUGCCCAUGGCGCGACCGUCGCCAACCACGUCGAAGUCGUUGAGCUCGUCAAGAGGAAGCGGCAGAGUGCCCGAACGCUGCUCGGCCGGCCUCUCGGCGAAGAAGAGAUCUGCGGCGCCGUUGUCAGAGAUACGCUCACUGGAGAAAGCUGGACUGUUCGUGCAAAGGGAGUGGUCAACGCAACGGGCCCGUUCACCGACGGCAUCCGCAAAAUGGAUGAGCCCCAGCUUGCCGGCAUUGUCUCGCCAAGCGCUGGAGUCCACAUCAUCCUGCCAAACUACUACAGUCCCAAGCAUAUGGGUCUCAUCGACCCUGCCACCAGCGACGGUCGGGUCAUAUUCUUCCUUCCCUGGGCAGGCAAUGUCGUUGCCGGCACCACAGAUAGUCCGACGAAUGUGACCAGCAACCCCGUCCCAACCGAGAAGGAUAUCAAUUGGAUCCUCAAGGAAGUCGAGAACUACCUCUCUCCAGAGAUCAAAGUUCGUCGAGGAGAUGUUCUCGCUGCGUGGUCGGGGAUCCGUCCGCUUGUGAGAGACCCUGCGGCCAAGAACACUGCGGCCCUCGUCCGCAACCACAUGAUCCAUGUCUCCGACAGCGGCUUAUUGACGAUUGCGGGCGGAAAGUGGACAACGUAUCGCGCCAUGGCACAGGAAACAAUCGACAAGGCCAUUGAGGUGUUUGAUUUGAAGCCCACAGGCCCCUGCGUCACCGAGCGCACGCUGCUCAUCGGCUCGCACAGCUGGUCCAAGACCAUGUUCAUCAAACUCAUCCAGCACUUUGGCUUGGAAACAGAGGUUGCCCAGCACCUGGCCGACAGCUAUGGAGACCGCGCCUGGGGUGUUGCGUCACUGGCCUCUCUGACCGGCAAGAGGUGGCCGGUUUACGGAAAGCGACUGUCGGACCACUACCCCUAUAUCGAAGCCGAGAUUCGGUUUGCCGUACAGAGAGAGUACGCCUGCACUGCAGUGGACGUGAUUGCCCGACGGAUCCGCUUGGCCUUCCUGAACGCCCAAGCUGCAAACCAGUGCCUUCCCAGGGUGAUCGAGAUCAUGAGCGAGGAGCUUGGAUGGAACCAGGAGCGGAGCGCUCUUGAGUUCCAGAGGGCCCAGAAGUUCCUGACGACGAUGGGCCUGCCAGCUGGCACCAAGCUCUUCCUCGGUGCAACCACGGCUUCCCACGCCGACAGAUCAAGCGAGGAGGACUUUGAGGUCACAGACUACACCCGGCACUCGUUCCAUCCCUCCGAGCUGGCUCGAUACCGUUACGAGUUUGGAAAGAAGGACGCCUUGGGCGACGGCCAUAUUCCCCGGCGCGACCUGGAUGGGGUGCUGAAGAAGCUCGACAUGGCAACCGACACACGCAAGAUUCGCAAGAUACUGGAGCAUAUUGAAGUCCACGAGGCUGACACGAUCGAGUUUAACGAGUUUCUCGAGGUUCUGGCUGCCAUCAAGGACAGCCGCACUCAGUCCAAGUUUGCCAAGCUGCUCGGGUCCGGCCAGAGCCAAGAACAGCGACCGAUCCAGGCCGAGCGGAGCGGCGGUGGUGUCUAG